AUGCCAGGCCUGCCAGCUUCGCUGCUCGCCGAGUCGGUCAUCGAGGCGGUAUGCGCCAAGACCAAAGAGCUGCUCAUGCGUGAGAGCAAUGUCGUCCACGUGCGCGCGCCCGUCACUGUCGUCGGCGAUAUACACGGGCAGUUCUUUGACUUGAUUGAGAUAUUCAAGAUCGGAGGCUGGUGUCCCGAUACCAACUACUUGUUUCUAGGCGAUUAUGUAGACCGCGGCAUGUUCAGCGUCGAGACCAUUUCCCUUCUUGUCUGUUUGAAAUUGAGAUACCCCAACAGAGUGCAUUUGAUUCGCGGCAACCACGAGUCUCGCGGCGUCACCCAGUCCUACGGCUUCUACACAGAGUGCUCGCGCAAGUACGGCAAUGCCAAUGUCUGGCACUACUUUACCGACAUGUUCGAUUUCUUGACGCUUAGCGUUGUAAUAAAUGACCAGAUCUUCUGCGUACACGGAGGCCUCUCCCCCUCCAUCCACUCCAUCGACCAGAUCAAGAUCAUCGACCGCUUCCGCGAGAUCCCUCACGAGGGGCCCAUGGCCGACCUGGUCUGGUCCGACCCGGACUCGGAGCGCGACGAGUUCUCGCUCAGCCCACGAGGGGCAGGGUACACUUUUGGCGCCCAAGUGGUGCGCAAGUUCCUCGAGGUCAACUCGAUGAAUCAUAUCCUGCGCGCGCACCAGCUGUGCCAGGAGGGCUUCCAGGUGCUGUACGACGACAAGCUGAGCACGGUCUGGAGCGCGCCCAACUACUGCUACCGGUGCGGCAACAUGGCGAGCGUCCUGGAGGUGAGCGACACCGGCGAGCGCUUCUUCAAUGUAUUUGCUGCGGCGCCCGAGAACGACCUUCAUAAGGACCUGCAGCAGCAGGGCGUGGACAAGGGACCCGAUGGAGGCUCAUUGCCUGAUUAUUUCCUCUAG